AACACAUGGACAGAAGCUGAAUUUUGCGAGAGGUUUGUGACUUUACGGAGCAUUACAUACAUAGACUGUCAAAAUGGUGUUGACUUGUCGUUUUUACGCUAACAAAUACCCAGAGAUGGAGGAUGUGGUGAUGGUGAAUGUGCAGUCUAUAGCAGAAAUGGGAGCAUAUGUACACCUACUGGAAUACAACAAUAUCGAGGGCAUGAUUUUACUCAGUGAAUUGUCAAGGAGGCGUAUACGUUCCAUCAACAAACUCAUCAGGGUUGGCCGGAGUGAAUGUGUUGUAGUAAUCAGGGUAGAUAAAGACAAAGGUUAUAUUGAUUUGUCUAAAAGAAGAGUUUCCCAAGAAGAAGUUGCUAAAUGUGAAGAAAAAUUUGCAAAGGCAAAGGCAGUAAACAGCAUACUUCGCCAUGUAGGAGAAUUGUUGGAAUAUGGAAGCGAAGAACAGUUAGAAGACCUUUACAAAAAGACAGCCUGGUACUUUGAUGACAAGUACAAAAAACCUGGAUCGUCUUAUGAAGCAUUCAAACAUGCUGUAACAAAUCCUGAAAUAUUGGAUGAAUGUAACAUUGAUGAUGAAACAAAAGGUGUUUUACUUGAGAAUAUCAGACGACGACUAACGCCACAGGCAGUCAAGAUCCGAGCAGAUUUAGAAGUGGCUUGUACAAACUAUGAGGGUGUGGAUGCUGUGAAGAGAGCAUUGAAGAAAGGCCUGGAACUGACAUCAGAGGCCAUGCCAAUUAAGAUAAAUUUGAUUGCGCCACCACUGUAUGUGAUGACAACACAGACACUUGAAAGAUCAGAUGGCCUGGCCAUGUUAAACAAGGCAUUAGAUGCCAUCAAACAAAACAUAGAGGAGGCUGGUGGUGUAUUUAAUAUCCAGAAACAGCCUCGUGUGGUGUCAGACAUAGAUGAGCAGGAACUGGCCAAGAAACUACAGCAGCUUGAAGAUGAAAAUCGCGAGGUGAGUGGAGAUGAAGAUAGUGAAGAAGAGGAUGAAGGCAUGGGUGUGGCCGAGGAUUUAGAGGAGGAAGCUGAGACUAAGGCUGAUGAAUGAUUAGGUGGAAAAAGGAAUGUUGGAGACUUUAUGGCAAUAGGUUGGGACACAACUGAUGCUCUAAAAUAUUCAUCUCAAACAGCCAUGGACCUGAAACUUCAAAAUUAGGAGUGCAAUGGAAGCCAUGAUGGGGACUACUUGUAAAGUUUCUAGUGGAAUUGUCCAAGUAGGUAUUGCUAAGUAUCAGGACAGGAACAAGAGAAAAAUAAGGGAUAGUUUGCAUAGUUGAUCAACAGUAAUACCAUUGAGGGCCCAUGUGAUACCAUUGAGGGCCCAUGUAAUACCAUUGAGGGCCCAUGUAAUACCAUUGAGGGUCAUUUGUCAACUAAGUACUUUGUGUGAUGAUUACUUGGAACAGUAACCAUUGUUUGUCAGCAUGUGUUCACAGCUUUCAUGAACUGUAUAGGGUCAGAAGAUUGGAGUAACGCAUUUGUACCAUGUAACAUUUAGACCAUGUAAACUUCAACAGUAAGAUCUUAAGAAUGAGGAAUUUUUUUCUCAAAUAUUUUUUCUGGGUGAUCAGUUUGUCAGAAGAACAGAACUGGGGCUCUAUUUUUAGAUAAUCUCAUCAUCUUUCAUUAGGGUUUAAAUUAUUUCAAGCUGAAAUCAGUGGAAUUAUUAUGUACAUGAUAUAAUAAAAAUCAAGUCUU